UGCCGGGGCCCAGGGAGAGUUCUGGAAGCUCGGGGUCGGGAAGAUGGUGGAUUACAGCGUGUGGGACCACAUCGAGGUGUCGGAUGAUGAGGACGAUACUCACCCGAACAUCGAUACGGCCAGUCUGUUCCGCUGGCGGCACCAGCUAAGUAUUGAUGUGCAGAAAUCCCUCACUGUGCUCAAGAGUUUCCAAGUGAUGCAAUAGAUAAGUCCAUGGAGGCUCGUAUCGAGCGGAUGGAGGAAGCACAGAAAGAGCGAGAGGAAUACGAGAAGGCGUGUGGGGAUUGUAAACGUAAACUCACUGAGUGCCAAAAGAAGCUCAAAGAUUUGCUGCUGCUGGAAACAGACGAUGCAAAGAAAGAGAUUGAAAAGUUACAAACUGAACUCAAACAGUUGAAAAAGGAGGAGAAAGAAUGGGAUAAGAAAGGGGCAUCGCUAAAGAAGAAGGAAAAGGCAAUGCCUUGGAAUGUGGAUACACUGAGUAAAGAGGGAUUCAGUAAGAGUGUCAUUAAUGUAACCCCAGAAUCAAGCAAGGUUGAAACAGAGGAAGACAAAGAAAAGAAACACAAGACCUUUGUAGAAAAAUAUGAGAAACAGAUCAAGCACUUUGGCAUGCUAAGCCGCUGGGAUGACAGCCAGAAAUACCUAUCUGAUAAUCCUCACCUUGUAUGCGAGGAGACGGCGAAUUACCUGGUCAUCUGGUGCAUUGAUUUAGAAGUUGAAGAGAAACAUGCACUGAUGGAGCAGGUAGCUCACCAGACAAUAGUGAUGCAGUUUAUCCUGGAACUUGCAAAGAGCCUUAAGGUGGACCCCAGAGCUUGUUUCCGACAGUUCUUCACCAAAAUCAAGACAGCAGAUAAACAAUACAUUGAGGCAUUUAAUGACGAGCUUGGGGCAUUUAAGGAGAGGGUCAAAGGUCGUGCUCAGGCAAGGAUAGAAAAGGCAAUGAAGGAAUAUGAAGAGGAGGAACGUCAGAAGCGGAUGGGGCCUGGCGGACUUGAUCCAGUGGAAGUGUACGAAAACCUCCCUGCUGAGAUGAAGAAUUGCUUUGAUUCAAAAGAUAUUCAGAUGUUGCAGGAUGUAAUCAGCAAAAUGGACCCAACAGAAGCCAAAUACCACAUGCAGCGCUGUAUUGACUCUGGGCUUUGGAUUCCGAAUGCAAAGGCUGCAGAAGAGGAAGGAGAGAAGAGUACAGAGAAUGAGGAUCCUGUGUAUGAAGAAGUUAAAAAGGAAAGCAGUGAAGAAAAAUAACCCUAUUUUUUUUGUUUCUGUAUCUGCUAGUUUUAAAUGCUGUGUUGAGUUCCAGACUACAUCCUGUUCACUGACCCAUAGGGGUUCACAUAAGUUCAAUAUCUCAAUCUGUUGAAUGAAAGGUUAAAGUCCUAUACGAAUCAACUGCUUUUUGUAUAAAAACACAAGUUUUGAGAGCAUGCAGGCUUUACUCUUAUGCAGUAACUCUGGAUCAACUGGCAUCAGGGCAAGUGAAACCUUUUCAAUUGUCAGAGCAAGUGACUGCUUCCCCCAUUGCUUCAUCAUGUUAAUGCACACCACUCCACGUGAGCUAAGCCAUAGAGCUGGGAAGGUGCCAGGUUCAGCUCCUGAUAUGUGAUGGGUUACCCUAUUUGAUACCCUCCUGUGUAGCCUCCUGAUACUCACUGUUGAUGCCUGUGCAAAAAGGGGGGUUUCAUGGGAGAGAGGUACUGGCCAGAGAGAGAGCGAGCUACUACUGCCUAUGGAACCAGACCCCACAAGUUCAUGUCUUAGGGAUAGGAGAGGGAGAGAGAAUUUUUGGAAAGAAUGCAUGGCUUGUUGAAAAUUCUCCAAGGAAGCAGGGUGGGGAAUGUCUGUCGAUCUCACUUAUUUCAUAUCUACUUAAAAUUAACAGAAAUACAAUGAAAAAAGUUGUAAAAUUAAAAGUAGAAUCCCUGACCUAAAUUACUGCUGACACAAUUAAAAUGCUAAUUAAAAAUCUGUCUGGCAGUGACUUCAUAUUUGAGUGUUCUUGCUGUAUGAGCCCAGAGUCAAGCAUUUUGCUCCCUCAAUCUAGACACCAUUUCUGAGGUGAUGGGGACAAGGAAGCAGAACAACUGGUAAAAUUGUUUCAGGAUUUGGAGCAUUUGGUUUUAUGUACAGGUCCUUAUUUCGUCAGUUUGACAUAGGAGCUUGGGUAAGGGAUUUACAUCGGUUUCACUGAUUUUAUUUUCAGUUCUUUUGAACUCUUGUCGAAACCACAAUAGUAUUUUCUAUACUGGGUUUAACACCUUGUAUUCUGUUCACAAAUUUUAAAGAAUCCUGUGUGCUGCAUAGGUAAUGGCUCAAUAUUUUGCUGGGGGCCAAUGUUGCUGAUGCUGCCUGUUACUGUGACCUGUUUGAUCUGGGGUGGUUGCUGCUUUCGAGCGAGGUAGUGGUUGUAACCUUUGUUUCUUGUUAUUGACCCACUAUGUAUGCAAAUAAAGAUAUGAUGCAGUAAA